AUGUUGGGUGAUGGGAAAACGAAGCUUACUGCAGCAUCUCCGAACGAAAUCACCUUGGUCACGGCCCGGAAGAGAGACGAGGACGUUGCGUUUAUGCCAGAAGGAGAAGGUGGAGUUACUACUGGAGAGGUGCUUGUCGUCGACGUCAAUGUUAAAGUGAGGGUGCUUGGUGAGACAACACCAGAGCUCGCAAGAGACAUCGAUGCAGUAGUGUCGGUCUGGAUGCUCAUAGUGCCAUCAAGUGAGGUUGGGCUGCCACGCAGAGAGCUAGAGCUGGGAUUGGAGCUCGUUAUGGUAUUCGACACCAACAGUGCAGAGGAAGACGUUGAGUUUCUGACGAUUGAAGACGAAGAGUUUGUACUAGGAAAUAGAGUGGGAAAUCCAGUCAAGAUAUCUGAGGCCAGCAUGCUGGUCAAAGGCGUACUCAAGGACUGCAAUGAUGAAGUAGAGCUCGGUGUAAGAAUUGGGUUGAGUGAAGAAGCAGACAGUGUAGAGAGUGACAAGGUAGAUCCUGUCGGUAGUGUGAUCGAGAUGCUGUUUGCACUGCUGGUCUGUGUUGGAGUUGAACUGAUUGGAACCGAGCUACCCGAUGUGAUACCGGAGUUUGUACCUAGCAAUGAGGUAAGAGUCCUUGAUGAUGUGCUUGAGGAACUCCCAGUACUGCUGGCCAGGCUAGGACUUGGAUUGGGUAGGUUCGAGGUGCUUGAAGAUGGGCCGGCAGGAGAAGAUGUUUCCGAGGAAGGUCUUGGAAGAGACACAGUGAAGCCAUCGCUCCGCGUGUAA